CGGUCACACCAACACUUGCCCAAUUAUUUGCUUAAAAAUUAUUCGCUUGUUUUUGUACAUUUUGUUGGUUUUGGGCAUUAAAAUUGGGUGAUUAGCUCAAAAGAGAAGCUCCCGCAGCUGCUGCCAACAUUGGCCAUGGCAGAUGACACACAGGAUGCCAAGGCGCAGAAACUGGCUGCAGCCAGAAAGAAGCUGAAGGAGUAUCAGCAGCGCAACAACAACCAAGCCGGAGGCGAGGAGCAUUUACCCAUAAGCACACACUCCUCCACCGUCAGCAUCGCCAGCAACUUGUCCGAGCGCUCCGACAGCGAGGUGAUUUUGAAUGAAAAUGGGGCAGGUGCCAACACUCUGCAUGUCCAGCAACAAUCGGAGGAGGAGGCUACGUCCCUGGCAGCCCAACCCGCCCCCACAGCAGCUGCGUUCUUCACCCAGCCGGAACCGGACGCGCCUAUAUUCGCCCAGAAUGGAGCCUCCAAUGAGUCCUCCAAUCUGCAGGCCAUCCAGGUCAUUAUUGCGGAGAAGGCCCAGCUGAACGCUGAGCUGACCAGAGCCCGUCUCGGCUGCCGCGAGCGGGAGCUGGAACUGGAGGAGGUUCGCACCGAGCACGGCCAGACCAGACAGCGCCUCGAGCAGCUGCAGCAGCACUGUCAGGGGCAGCAGGCGGGUGUGGAAAUGCAGCGCCAGCACAAUGCACAGCUGCAGCACCAGCUGGCCCAAUCGCAAGCACAAAUCGAGGACCAGCAGUCGCAUCUGCUCGAAAUGGAAGCACAGCUGAAGCAGCUGAACCUCCGCCAAGAUGAACUGCAGCGACAGCUUGCCGAGAAGUCGAACGAACUGGAGAUGGCACAGCUGAAGCUGCGCCAGCUCUCCGACGAGUCGAACAUCAAUGCCGACAACCGCGUGGAGUCCCUCACCCAGACGCAGUACAUGUACGAACAGCAGAUCAGAGACCUGCAGGCCAUGGUGGGACAGUUGACGCAAGACAAGGAGCAGGCCUCCAGCCAGUACCAGAACUAUGUCCAGCACCAGUCCAGCGAGAUAGCCAAACUCAACGAGAAGAACUCUGAGCUGACGGAGGAGUUGCUCCAGCUCAGGGAACGCGAGCGCCAGCUGGUGGAGCACGUGAGUGGUCUGGAGCGCGACAUACAGAAGAAUCUGAGCCUGCAAGCGCAGUUCAAGGAGGCCAGCCAGCCCCAGGCGCCUGCACAGCCCCAAAUCGAUCAGACUGCUCUGACAGCAGAGCUGGCUGCCCUCAAAGAGCGCCUCAGUGACUUUGACUUUGAGCGACACGAGUUCCAGUUGAAGAUCAAGUCCCAGGAUGACCAGCUGCAGGGGAAGGAGGCGGCUAUCGCUGAGCUGGAGCAGCAGUUGGAUCGGCUGCAGGCCGAGCAGCCGGAUCAGACCAAACUUCUGGCCACUAUGGAGUCGGACAAGGUAGCCGCCUCGCGAGCCCUCAGCCAGAAUGUGGAGAUGAAGCAACAGCUGGACGAGCUGGAGCAAAAGUUUGUCCAGCUAACAAACGACAAGGCUGAGCUGGUCAUCCGCCUGGACGCUGAGGAGUUUGCCAAUCGGGAGAUUCGACACAAUUUCGACAGCAUGGAGCAGAAGCUGCUGGCCAACGAGGAGCGCUUCAAGUUCAAGGACGAAGAGAUGAUUCGCCUCUCGCACGAGAACGUGGAACUCCAACGCCAGCAGCUGAUGCUGAAGCAGCAACUGGAUCGCCUGCAGCACUAUGAGGUCAAUGCCUACCACAGCCAGUCGAGUAAGCCAGUCGGUGAUGAAACUGGAGAAGCAGAAGACAGCGAAACCAAGGAGCACCAUGCUCAUGAUCAUGAUCAUCCCGAUCACCAUUCACAUGAUCAUUCGCACGCCCACCACGAUGAUCCACAUGAUCAUUCAGAUGGCCAUUCACAUGGACAUUCACAUGAACAUCCGCAUGGCAGUUCACACGACCAUCAUCAGGAGCAGUUGUCACCCGGCUCUCUGCCCACGGCCGAGGCUGUGGAGAGGCUGCAGGCGCGUUUCACCACACUGAUUAGCCAAGUGGCCGAUCUGACUGAGGAGAAGCACAGCCUGGAGCAUCUGGUGCUGCAGCUGCAGGGGGAGACUGAGACGAUUGGCGAGUACAUUGCCCUGUACCAGACGCAGCGACGGAUGCUGAAGCAGCGCGAGUACGAGAAGGCUACUCAGAUGAGUCUGCUGCAGGCCGAGCGCGAGCAGCUGAGGGAGAAGAUUGAGGCGCUCAACAAGCUGGUGGCCAGCCUGGGCGUGGAGUUGCCCGCCGACCAAGUCCAAGGGCAACCGCAGGCAGCAACACUGCAGCACUUGCCGAGCGAACAGGCGGUUCCUCGGACACAGACUGCCUUCCAUGAAGACAGCAAUGGGGAAAACUCGCAGCAGAUUCUGAACAAGAUUCAAAACAUCAUCAGUGAGAUCAAGGAGAACACCGAGCAGCCAACGACUGCCCUCUCCGGCCAUCCUGUGGAUCACCUCAACUGCUGUCUGGGCAAAUUCGAGGUGGUCUGAUGUGGAGGCUGCUCUCAAAGUGCAAUUACUGUCGGCCUACGUAAACCAAUCUACUUUAUAAAUAUAUACUAUCCUAUGCUAUAUUAUCGUAUUUAAAUGUCCAUCCUGUCCCAAUCCGUUUUGUACAUGAGUUUCCGAAUAAAUCAAGCUUUGAUGGGGAACCAACCACAAAGCAUUCCUCUA